CAGUAAUGAUUUAAAAAUUAACUCGACCCAUACAGCUUCAGGUUCAGAUUUUUUUUCCAUAUAAACCAACAGAUCAAUAAAUUGAUUAUUAUCGGAAAAUUUACUUUUACUCUAAUAACAACUUGGUUCAUUUUAUCUGAUGGGAGUCCGGAAGUUCAGUCUAAUGAGUUUACUGCAUCCUGGGUUGAAUAUACACAAUUUGGUUUUGUAAGUAUAAGUAUAUUUUUUUGAGAUUAACGUGAGGAAAUUCAGUGAUCCUUAUUGCUACGUAUCCACGUGCUGUACUUUGCACCUUGAAAUCGGAUACUCUUCCACACACGUAGAGUGCGCGUCGUUAAUAAUGGUAAUGAAUCAUUAACACCACCGACCGGCAUGACCACGUAUAAACCACGUCAACUAUUCAGCGGGCCCGCCGAUGACGUACGUCUCGCUAACACGCUUCUAUGACGUCACAAUCACGACACUACUCACCGAUAUCAUCCCGUGUGCACGUGAACACCAUGCAAGUGAUCACGCGGGCCCCGGAUGAUCGCCUCGCAGCAGUUGGCCGAAAACGGCGAGCCCCCGUUUCUGAUUGGUCGACACGGACCCUGUGCAUGUCGCACACCCCAGCGCAGCGUGGACAGAGCAAUAACAUCAAGAGCUCUCCGCUUUUCUUUCAAAAUACUGAUUUCAUUUUAAAUGAUACACCAAACGUGCUCGUACACGGCUUGUUGGUCUCCUAACAUAUUUUAUUUCUUUGUGACUUUUAAACAGUGGUAGUUCGGAAAUAUGGAUCUAUCGCCGGCAAUAAUUUUAUCGCCACCCAACACACCCCCAUUGAAAAACUUUUCUGACGAUGAGUCUAGCCAGAGUUCACUCUUUCCUCACAAGCUCCUACUGGGUCAGAAGAGGCCUGCAUCAGGUUUCUUCCCCAAUGUACUCACACCCCAGCCGUCGGACUCCGAAUCCGAGGAGUUGGACUAUCCCUUGAAAAAGAGACAUUGUACUAGUGAAUUAGCGCGCCAACUUCUUAGUUUAACACCACCACCGGAAGUUGUCGAGAAACCGGAAAAAGUGCGUACCGUAUCCGUUAUAAUGAAGGCGAAUCCGGACGGUUCCUGCGCUCCGAUCUCCAUGCCCCACGUACAUAAAGAGGAAAAUAUCGUCAAGAGUCUCAAAUUUAAAAUGGGCAACCGCAGGAAGGAACCCGUCGUUCAGGCAAAGGAGGACACUAAAGAAAAAGAAGUAAAAGUCCAGCCCAAAGUAACAGUACCCUUGCCUAUUGCACCGAAAUUUAUACAUUCAUCGCAAAUAUUAAUAUCCACCGAAGGUCCGAUUCCAACACAGAUCGUACUCUUCGCGCCAACACCUCAAGCACAACCAGUCCGAAGAAGGGUCUACGAGUGCAAAUUCCCCGGUUGCACGAAAAACUACUUCAAGUCGUCGCAUCUGAAGGCGCAUAACAGAAUCCACACUGGGGAAAAACCAUUCAUUUGUCAAUGGCAAGAUUGCGGCAGGAAGUUUUCACGAUCCGAUGAGUUAUCGCGACAUAAACGUGUGCAUACCGGCGAAAAGAAAUUCAAAUGUGACGUGUGUGAUAGGCGAUUUAUGCGUUCCGAUCAUCUUGCCAAACACGUGAAGAGGCACGCGAAAGAACGGCCAGCCCAAUCAUCCAACCGAGUUAACCUGGUUCCUGCUGUUCUAAGGCCUCUGCAACCAGCGCCCGUGGUUAUAACCGCCUCACAUUAAUCACGUUUCGUUAACUCUGACGUAUUGUUCUAAGACUGUUUUGUAUUAUUGAGUUUACUGAUAUAAUGGAUCUGCCAGAAUAAGUUAGGGCUUGAAAAAAGUAUAAUUUUAUUAUGUAAAUUUGACUGAUUUUUCGCUGACCAUGUUGUACAUAAACAUUCCAAAUCAUCAUUAAUUCACUUUCACUGUAGUUAAGGAUGUUCAUAAUAUUUUUGUCUGUGAUUUUAGGAAUAUAGUAAUGUUAUUUAUUUUGAUUAUUAAUUUUGUACAUAAAAUUUAAUCUACUAUUAAAUAAUAAAUAUGUUUUGAUAAUUA